AUGGCCAAGUUAUAUCCGCAUUCGACCCGUCGCCAUACCUGCAGGGUCAAGGCUUCGCUGCUCGCCUGCGUCAUUCUCCUCCUCACGCCCCAUCGUCCAGAGCUUUCUAAGUAUUCCCUGCGCUGUACGAGAUUUUCCUGUAGCGCAAACGGAUUCAUUCUUAGCGGAGCAUCGCAUGCGUCCAGCAGCGAGCAUAGAUCCGCGCGGACGUUGCGACCAGACUCCGCUGCGAAGCUCCCCCUGCGCGUGCAGCCCGUAGAUUUCGCCGCUCCACGGCUCCCCCUGCGCGCGCAGCCCGCGGAUCUCGUUGUACCAGGAGCUCCACUAAAUUCCGCUCCGCUGCUGCGAUUCCGCCCGCAGCCCGCAGAAUCAGCGGAACCGGGCAGCACCGGGGGAAGACAGCGGCGGAACGGCAGGCGCAAGCAGGCGCAACAGGGGGAGCAGGCGGAGCUGCGGGACCAGUGGGAUCAGCGCGAGGGGGAUCAGCGCGAGGGGGAUGCGCAGGGUGAGCGGGAGCGGACGGGGGCGGCGGCGGCGCUAGAGGCGGCGGUGGAGGGAUCUUCACUCGAGGUGCUGCCUCUUGUCGACCUCAUUCGCGCGCCGCGAUCCGCGCAACAGCUGGAGUGGCAGCGAGCGCAGCAGAAGCUAUGGGCGCAGCAGCAGCAGGCCGUCGGCAGCGCGGCAUCAGCAGCAUCACCGACACCAGCACCAGGAGUGUGUCCGGACUUCCAGUCGUGGGGCUUCUUCUCGCCUGACGCCCUUUCCCCGCACAUCCACGCGUGCGCAUGGCGCCCCACGGCAGGUGACGAUACCCCCACACCCACUGCUGCCCUUCCAGUCAGCAAGAGCAGCAAGAGCAGUAGCAAUGCGGUUCUGGCGGGGCUGUCUGCGUUCAUGCGCCAGUUUCUGGCGGACAGGGCGAGCGGGGGAGGCGGCGCGGUGGGUGGGGGGAGCGGUAGGGCGGGUGGUAACGGCGGUGCUGCAGUGGGUGGGAGGAGCGUGGCCGUGCAGCAGGACUGUCAGCACUGGAAAUGGCUCUGGCCGCGCCCCCUGGUGACACGUGGCGAGAUGUGUGUGGACGAGGACGAGGUGCGGGAAUUCAUGGAGGAGGGGCUGCGGGCAGAGCAGGAGCGCCAGCGGAAGGAGAUGGAGAAGCAGAGGGAGAAGCAGAAGGAGAAGCAGGGACUAGUGAAAGAUGAGAUUUCUGGGAAGGAGGUGCUAGAGCUGGAUGCUAAGGAGGUAUUUAGACGCACCCAGGAGGCGAUUGACUCUAUAGAGGCUGGGCGCGGGGGAGAGGAGAAAGGGGAGGAGAAGGUGGAGGAGGGGAUGGAGGUGGGGAUGGGAGGAGUGGUGGGGCAGGGAGGGGUGUUGCUGCUGCGAGAUGUGUUUGUGGAUGGCAGGGGUGUUGUGUUCAACGCGUCCCAUGUGUUCUCAGUGCAUGGGGCGUGCGUGGGCAGUGACAGGAAGAGACAACAUUUACCAGCGCAGAAGCUGAAGAAGCUCAUCUCCUUCCCCCCAGGCACCCCUUGGGGGGACGAGGGGGCUGGUGCGGCUGCUGCCCGUGCUCUUCCUGCUCGCCUCCUCCCUCAUGCCCACCGCCCGUCGCUUCCCCAUGCUGCUAAAUCACCGCCAUGUGAGUCGUGUGGUGGGGAGGGGAGUGUUGGGGAGCAGUGA